CAUUGUCGCACGAUAGAUGCAAGCCAACACUCACUGUUUUGUUUGAAUAAAGUUCAUAUGAGUGUUGUUUUCAUAACUAUAAAACAAACGAUUUUCAUUUUUUUUUAUUUUUCUAUUCCCGAUUUUUGGUACGAAUAAAAAUAAAUUGUGGAUUUAGUGUAAAAUAAAAAAUAAUUUCGUUAUAACAAAAUAAUAAAAAAAAAACAAGAUGACAAACGACAAGAGUCGUAACAUGCAAGUAGUGCUGCGUGUACGCCCAUUCAGCCGCAGUGAAAUGGAACAAAAUCAACGUAAUAUCAUUCGUGUUGCCGAUCAAAACACAAUCAUUUUCGAUCCCGAUGAAGAUGAAGAUGAAUUCUUUUUUCAUGGUGCCCGACAAACGCAUCGUGAUAUUACGAAACGUGUUAGUAAAAACUUGACGAUGACAUUCGAUCAGGUGUUUGACAACCAAGCAACAAAUCAUGAUAUUUUUAUGUUUGCCAUGCGACCACUCAUUUUGUCCGUACUGGAAGGAUACAAUUGUUCGGCAUUUGUGUACGGGGCCACCGGUGCUGGUAAAACAUUUACAAUGCUUGGCAAUGAAGAAAUUCCGGGCAUCACUUAUUUAACAAUGAAAGAGUUAUUCAAUCAGAUCCAUGCAAAUAGUGAAGAUCGAAAAUUUGACAUUGGCAUAUCAUAUCUUGAGGUGUACAACGAACAAGUGAUGAAUUUACUCACAAAACGUGGCCCAUUAAAAUUACGUGAAGAUGCAAAUGGUGUUGCUGUUGGUGGUUUGGAAUUAAAACCAAUUUUUGAUGCAGACGAAUUACUUUCAUUGCUUGCAUUAGGCAAUCGCAAUCGUACACAGCAUCCAACCGAUGCCAAUGCCGAGAGUAGCCGCAGUCAUGCCAUUUUUCAAGUUCACAUUCGAAUGACAAACAAAAGUAGUAAUCAAAAGCGAACCGUAAAAUUGUCGAUGAUCGAUUUGGCGGGCAGUGAACGUGGUUCCAGCACAAAAUGCAUUGGUCAACGAUUCAAAGAAGGUGCCAGUAUCAAUAAAUCAUUGUUGGCCCUUGGAAAUUGUAUCAAUAAAUUAGCCGACGGUUCAAAACAUAUUCCGUAUCGUGACUCAAACAUGACGCGCAUAUUAAAAGACAGUCUUGGUGGCAAUUGUCGGACGGUGAUGAUUGCAAACAUUUCACCAUCAUCGCUUACGUACGAAGACACAUACAACACACUCAAAUACGCCAGCAGAGCUCAGAAGAUACGUACAACAACUAUCAAAAAGAAUUUAUUCAAAACGAAUUUGCCGAAAGAGUUUUAUGUGAAUAAAUUAACCGAUAAAACGCACGAAGUUGAAGAACUACAAAAAUGCAUCAAAUCAUUACAAGCACAAUUGGCCGAACGAAGCUCGAAUGUAAACAACAAUGUCAAUCCAGAGGAGAUCAUUGCAAACUAUAUGGCUCAGGCCGAUUCAUGGAAAGAUAAAAUAAACAAAAUCUACAAAGACAUUCGAACGGCACAAGAAAACUACUAUUUGAUGUCCAGCAAAGAGAAACUAUUAAAAUUGCGAACAAAAUACAAGGAAAACACCGAACAAAGUCGCAAAUUAUUCAGCAUGGACAAUGAAUGCAUGAAAAAAGAUCUUGCUCGAGUGGAAGCAUCCAUUGGAAAGUUCAGCAAACAAAUGGAUGUAUUCCGAAUGGAUAAGGAUCGAUGGAUGGCUCGUUUCAAGGCAAGCCGAACGCAAUUGACUGAAAUUCAAAAUGAAAUUGCCAAUUUGAACAAUCCGAUUUUGCAAUCGUAUUUGGUGAGCAAGGAUAUUGAGCAAAAGAAUACAGAACUGCUAUUAAAAUCCGAUCAUACAAUGAAGGUGUUGCAAAUCUACAAUCAUGAAAAUGAAAAAUCACGCAAAAUAAUCGAAUUAAGUGAUGAGAUAUUGCAAGAUGCCUAUUAUUUAUUGAAUGGAAAUAUGUUGAUCACAGAAGCAAUGCGUGAAAAGUUUAGACAAGUCUAUAAAUUUCAUGACCAACGUGGUGUUAAAUUUACGGAAUCAGACGAGGUGUUUGAAAUUACCGAGAAUACAAAUCAAAUUGAUUACCUAUUCGACGCCGACUUAUUGUCAAAAGAUGAUGAUGACGUCAACGACGACGACAUGGUUGUGCAUACGAACAAAAGAAAUCGUGAAAGUGCCAACGAUAUCGAAGUUAUUCCAACAAAGAAACGUGUCGUCCGAUCAAUUUUCGAUGGCCAAAAUCUAGACGCAACACAAGUAUUGGAAAAACAUGACGAUUUAAAUUCCGAUGAUGCUAAUAUGAAUGCAACAUUUGCCAUCAAACCGAAAAUCAAUUUGAAUGCAAUCAAAGGUGCAUCGGUGCGCGCCUUAAAAGAAAGCAAUCCGAAUGUGCAUAAAGGUUUUGCAGCUCCAAAAGCAGUCACAAAACCAAUGACCAAAGUCAAAUCAACGUUAAUUGUACCGAUGAAGGAAAACAAACGAACGCCGUUAAAAAUUCGACGAAGCCCAAGACGAAGCCCACGAUGUGUAGUCAAUGGCAUACGAACAAAAAUCAACAAAUCCAACGAUAUUUUGGCCCGACGAGGAAAAGAUGAUGCUAUCAAUCGAUACAGAGUUUUCCCUAAGAAAUAACAGCCGAACAUUAUUAGCUGAGGAAAUUCAAAUUGUAUAGAUAAAACACUCUGUUAGUAAACUGUUAGUAAACAUGCAUCACUUUCGUAAAAAAAACGGCGCUUAUGUCCAUUUGUAUUGGGUGUAACCAGUUUCAUUGUCACUGUAAAAAAUAUCAUUAAAGAAAUCAUAUAUAUACAAAAGAAACAACAAAGCAUAGCACGAUUGUUUAGAAAUGUCAUGUGUUCGAAUGCCGUAUUUAGUUGUCGAUCAAUUAGGGAACGUAGUAAUGAUAAGUGUAAGCAUUAAUUUUUUAGCAAGUGUGAUAAGUAAGAAACAAGAAUUCGAUAUUCAAUUAAAAUUUUCAUUUUUUCCCAGCUCUCUCAUAUAAAACGUAAACCUAUCCUAGUGAAAUCAUGUAAUAAUGAGCAACAAAAGCACAUAAACAUUUUUAUUCAUAGAUCGCCUCAAAUAACUUGUUAAGAAAACAUGUUUAACAAAUUCAAAAUAAAAUUAAAUAAAGCCAGGA